AUGUCGAUAGUGUCGUCAGUAGCACAAAAGCGAACAAAGUCAUGGAAAGUCGAGGAUGUGGAGAAGAGACGAGUGUUCUCCUUACAAUUAUCUCAGGAUGAAAAAACAGAGGUUAGCAACCGACCUGGCCUGGUAACUGCCACAUCUCAACCUUCUGUGUACCUCUCAGCUCACGCGGUCAAAGGAACCUGGCCUACCGUUGAAAACAUAAUCCGUGCUCAUUCAAUCACUCAUGCCAUUGAGGAGACGACUACUCGAGGUUUCGAAUUCGUGAAGCGUCGCGCUACCACCCUUGAUACUGACAUGUCGACCCCACAUCGCCGGGGCAAGGCUGGUAGUCGGAGGCGUCUUUUUAGUCUGUUUUCGAAACAGGGCAACGGCAUACGCGAUAAAGCUACUCUCAGGGCUAAACAGGACUGUCCAUCGACUAACAACCUCUCCAACGAUUCAACUGCUUUCAAUGUGGUUCAAAAUCUUGUGGAUUCUCUGGGACGGCAAAAGUCGGAGCUGAAAUUCACUGUAUCCUCCCUCCAUGAUAGCAUCGUUCAACAGGGCGAGAAGAAUUGCUUCCAGUCAUCUACACGACCUAUCAAUGGCCUCGAAGAUCCCAGGCAGGAGCGAGUAACCUCGUUGACUCGUCGAUGGGCUCAGGAGCGCUACCGAUCCAUCAGUUUCAUGGAUGAUGAUGAGGAGGAUGACGAUGACGAUGCCUCUGCAGUAUGUCUUCGACGUCCGGCACCCGAGAGAAGGCGUCUGAAUAAGCUAACAACGGAGGAACCUCACUCCGUACAUCGAAUCUAUACUUGUCGUUCGGUUGCGGAAAAAAAUUACUGGUUGAAUAAGUGA